GAGAGGGGGGAAAGCUGCUGUGCACGUGGGAAAGCCUUUCCAGACCCACGUGUGGAGCUGACGCACUCUGCUGUCCCAGGGUUUGAAGCAUAAAGCCAUAAAUGCAUCUGUUCUGAGUGCAAUAACUGGAGUUUUUACCGUCUCCUGCUGCUGGAAAGAGACUCGUGCAACUGAACCAAGGCCAUCGCUGGCUCCCUGGAGCUAGUCUCCCCCUCCAUAGACUGAAGAUGUAAUUAUAGUUAUUGAGAUGAGCAGGUACGUGAGACGUUACCAGGUUUAGUGCGGUGUGUUCGCAGCUGGAACAGGGCUUGUGAAGCAGAAUUCUGCCAGAGCCGGCCAGCAGUCCACCUCCCCAGCCGUGAGCUGCUUGUGCUGUAUGUAUGCAGGCAAAAGACUCUCCUGUCUCUGAGGUAGUUAGUGUGCAUUCACCUUUCAAACACUUACUAGUAAGUUCGGUGUUUUCUGUGUCACUAGUUUAGAAGAAGGGAUUACGUGCGGUAGUAGUUUAAGUAGUGACUUUUGCAGUCCCUGUGUAGAUUCCUCUGCUACUGCCAUCAGCGUUACUGAAAGGACAGAGCAGAAAAGUGGGGGAGGAAGAUGGAUGCUCUAACGCUCUAGCAGCCACUGGCAAACCAAGUAAGGUUUGUAAAAGGGAGCUAGUGUAAACCUGUGAGACCCCACCCCUUGUCAGCUGGGCUCCAAUCUGGUAGGGUUUGAAAUCCAUUGACGCCUUCUACUUUUUGUAACAAAAUAAAGUUUCUCCUAUUUACUGUACAUGGGCAUCUGGCUGCUGUUUUCCCAGCACCUAAGGGGAACGCCUCCAGGCUGCUCUUACCUGUGUGUGCUUUUCCUUUAGGAGGUGGAGUGAAUGAAGAUGGAGCACAAAAGGGUUUGCGUAGGUCUGUAUGACCUCUUGUGUUAACCACGGGGCUGAAAGCCAGGAACUCCCUCCUCGAAAAGCCAGCUUUGGCACUGACUGGCCUUAGGGCAUGUUCGAGCCACCAUUCCCCCCCGUAAAGUGGGAAUGAAACAUGACUUAUUCCCAGGAAUGGGAGGUAUUAUUUGAAGAGCAUCAAAUGUCUAGUGCUGAAUUGUCACCAUUUUUCCUGAUCCGCACUAACCCAACUUCAGACCCUGUCAGUGCUGAAAUACCAGCCAGAGAUCGAAGUGAAGUCAGGGCCCUGUUGCCCGUCUCUGCAAAACUGAGACAGGGUGGGCUAUGGCUCUUGAGGGGCAGGAAGGGUUGGUUCAAACAAGCUUCGGGGGGGUGGGGGGGGGGGCUCAUGGUCCUGCAUGCACUCUGCAGGCUAUCAGCAAGCAUCUGACUGCUCCAGGGGGCUAUUUUAAGUGGCUUUCUAGAGCAGAGCUAGAAGAACUCUGCCUCAAGCCUCACAAGUGAGUGCACAAGACGGGAGGAGGCGGCGGCAGGUGGUGAUCCAUGGCCCUGCAACAAGACAUGGAGACUGGCAUCUAGCCUCUGCUGAAGCUAUUUAACAGGCCUCCCUUGGUAAGAGCUAGUUUUAUAUGCUAUUACUUCAGAUGCACAUGCAUUUAAAUCAAACAGUACUGGCUAGAGGCAACUCCAGGGGCCUUAUUUUUCACAGCUGCCUCCCAGGCAGGGCAGAGUCGCCCACAGCCGCAUGAGGAUGCAAUGAAGUGUCUUCACGCACAGCUGCAGUCGGGGUGAGCUGGCUACCGAGAAACAAAAUGUGGUUGAGAGCAGCGUUUGAAGUUGUGCUUAAAACAUUUGAUAGACAUGACCAGGGAUGGAAAACUAGACUGCUAAGACUGGUCCUGGCUUUGUACUUCAUACAGCAUGACUCCCAACGUCCAUCUGUGCCGUUGGCCUUCCCACCAUGGAUCAGAAUGAGUGAAUGGGAAGAAUUAUUUUAAAAAACCUCACACAGCUUCAUCAGUGCUCUAACAGCUUUGCAAACGUAAAUGGAUUUAGUGCUCAGAGUGCGAGUUUGCUGCAAGUGCCACCUCCUGUAGGUCACAAUGUGUAAUACUGGGAAAUGCAUGUACCCCAGUCUAUUGCAUUGUCGAGGUAGGUUAGUUUGGCCUUUGGUCCUUGAUGCAGCUGCCUUCAGUUAAGGUUUGUGUAGUGCUGUCCUCACCAAGGGCAUUCCAGCAGUCUGGUCUGUGCAGAUAGCUUAAAAUGGAAGCCACUCAGCCCAUCUGGGCACAGUCAGCACUGGUGGCUUACGCACGGUGACUCGGUGUGCGCACCGGCAAACCAAGGGAGAUCGUUGGGUGAUUGCUUCCAUUGGGUGACCAGUAUUAAAAACCAAGCAAAGAUUCUGACCGGCUGUCACUUUCCUGGUAACAGACUGGCAGAGCCUUCACCCUGCCAGGAACAGAAAUGGUGGGAUAAUGCAGGGACAAAUUGAGAUGUAGUGCUGGGAAGGGAGAGAGUUUUCACAAGUUUGACACACAGGUGGGGCUAGUUUCCUCUCAAGAACAGGGGCCUCUCCAGUGUGAGUGCGAACUGUACUACGCCCCCUGUGCAGAGUGAUUGCGGGGGUAGUGAGGCUAGACUGGCCCUAACGCCAAGGAUGGUGCUUGCCUCCUAUGUGGAGGUAGCAGCCCAAGCUCUGUACAGUGGAGUUCAGUGGCUGGACGGAUCAAAAAUUCCUUCUCAAAUUCCAUUGCCCAGAGGGGAUGAAUUGUUUGUUCCUUGGAACGUUCACUGGGCAAGGAACAAGUGUGUUCAAAGGUAGGGGAGAAUGGAGCACUCAGCUGGAGCACAUUAGCACUCCUAGGAGGUGACAGCGGGCACACAAAAAGGAUGGCCAGCCGCCCCUGGAAGCUGGCAAUCUUGUGGGGCUUGCACAGGGUGUCCCCCAGCCUCAGGGACUCAGCCCACAGUACAGAUUCAGGCACCAGCAUGUAGCUCUCCAAACUAGGGCCUGAUCCCGGUGCUAGCAUUAAUACCCACAGCUUGCAAAGACUUCUGGCUGCUGUCAUAAAGCUCACAGGGGCCCAGAACUUAGGUUUCAGGUAGAGCAGGACACUGCCAGCAGCACAGCUUCCCUUUGCCCUGCUGGGGCACUGGGUUUAGCACUGACAAAGCAGAAGCACCACCGUUCCCUGCAGCAUCUGGGACUCCCCUCCCAGAAGUGACCCAGCCCAGCCGUACUGAAAUACCAAGAUCUGACAAGAAUUAGGCUGCCAGAGUCCUAGCUUAGUUUUAAUGUCGAAUAUAAACACUUGUCCUCAGCUAGGAAUUCGUGUCUGUGGGAACAGUCUCCAAGGAGCCUGGUGUGAGGCUGGGGGCUAGAGCUCUAGGCUGGAACUUGGGAGACUGGGUUCGAGUCCUUGCUCUGUGACCUCGGGCAAGUCACUUGCAGUUGGAUUUUCAAAAGCACUUUUGAAAAUGGCACUAGUCUCUGUGCCUCAGCUCCCCCUCUAUAAAAUGGCAAUAAUGGCACUUUCUCAUGGCACAUGAGCGGUGUGAAUAUGGGGAAGAUUGUGUGUGAGGUGAUCUGAUAGGACGGUAAAAGACGACAGAUACGUACCUUAGUUAGCUAGAGAGUCCACCAUGCAGUGUUAAUCCCAUGUCUAGGCCCAGGAAAGUUAGUUUCAAGCCUCAGUAGUGGGUUUUCCUUAACCCUUAAAAACCAGCAUGAGAGCAAGAGCCACGCUGGGCCAUGCUAUUCCCAUCUGGCUUUACCCAGCAGGGACAGGGACCUUCUGCAGCGAAGGGCUCACGGCGUCAGCUGGAGGAGACACUCCGCAGCUAUUUGCACAGAUGAGUAAAUCAGUGAGUCAUGCAGCUAUAACAAUGUACCUUCAAACUGGGACAGCUGAGUUACUGACCCCACCCUUCCCUCUUCUCCCCAUGCUACACCAGCUGUAUCCAUGGAGCAGAUAAGGCAAGUGAUUAAGGCAGGUUUCAGUGCGGUGAAUUUGUCAUGAAGCCUUCAGGCAGCAUCAGACAGAGAAGCAGUCAGCUCCUAGCAAGUGGGAACAGGCUUAAUCAGUUUGAGAGUGAAACUUCAGUGUAUCGUGAGACACAGAUUCUAAUCGGAGUAACUAAUUACAAAGCAGCCAAGCAAUCGCAGAAAUUGUUUUUCAAACAUCUUCAAUGUAAUCAAAAAGAAGAAUGAGCAGUAAAUGGAGAAAGGCCUGGUUUAACAAUCGGCUGGAGGAUACGAUACAGGGCAGCUUUUAUUUGACAAAGAGAUGUCUGUGUCUCAAGUACACCCUUUCAACAGCCACAAUCCCCUCCUGCAUUUAGAUCUGAGCUGUGUUCCCUGCCUCUCGCAUGAUGAGCCAUGCUGUUAGGAAGUGGCUUUAGAAGCUCUUAUUUUAAAGCAAAAUUUCUGUUUCACUGAUGUUUGUAGUGGGGAAUGGUGCUGCCUCUCAUCUGAGGCAUUUAACAUCGAGUCACACAAGUACACCAUCCUGAAAUGGGGGGGCUACUUUAAACAUUACUGUCCCCCACCCUCCCACGGUCAGUCCGACUCUUGAACAUGCUUCCAGAGAGUGGUGUGCAGCCAACUUGGACAAUAUCAUCAUGUUCUCUCUGACACUAGUCUCCCUCAAGGGAAAGUGGCAGAGGUGAUUUAAAAAUGAACUUAGCAGUCGUGGAAGUUUUCUCCCCCCAGACAGGCAGUGCAGGUUUGUUUAACCAUGCAGUGCUAGCCUGCUCCUUUGCUCAGUAGACAGCUUUGGGCUGGACAGACACAAGUAGAAGGUGGCUUCUUUCUACGCCUUCCUAGUUGCCAGUAAACGUAUGCCUAGGGAAACAGAGGUCAGCUCUGAUACAUACGGUUCAGUUUUAACAGAAGUAAGAGGACUUCAAUUUGAAAUACUAUUUGAGCAUAAGAUUAGGAGCCAGAAAUUCCUUGAUUCUAAUCUCACUCCUUUACGAAAGAAAGAAAAACAAAAAUCCUCCUAAACUUCUGUGGAUUUGGACAAGUCACUUACCCUCUCUACUUUGUUUCCCGAGCUGUACAAUGGGGAUAAAUACUGGGGCCUUGCGGAAUUGAAGAGCCCUGUAGACCUGCCAGCAUUUUGGAACAGAAGCCACAUUUUCGGAACUCUGCCCCAUAACGCUGCAGCUGCUUGGCCACCUUUGGUUUAGUAGCUUGUUCACUGCCUCUUGCCACUUCUGCCACUGAUCUGCCACCAGGUUCCCCUGCGAGGCACCACUGAGGACAUUAGUGGGACGAAGAGCUGCAUCCGAAAUCUCCCAGCAUUUAUGUCAAGCUUAAAAUGAUAAAAUGUUUGAGAGAUUCUGGAAGGUGAGUUUAGGGCUGUUGGAAGCUGCAGGAUCAGCCAUCCCAGGGCUUGAUGGCCUCUAUCCAGCCAGAGAGCAGGGACAGCAGUGGGGCAAGAUUCUCCCCGACACCCUGGCAGAGAGCCUAACUCUGAUCAGGAGGGGCCUCCUCUAGCUCACGCUCCAUGGCCUAGCAAGUCGUUGGUUGCCAAAAAGGGGGUCAAUUAUGACAGCAGGAAGAGUCAGCCAUGCAAACUGGAACCAAACAGCAAGACCUCUGUGCCGGGUACCAGCCUCCUGCCCAGCAGGUCUCAGGGAGGGGGCCUUGCAUUAAGGUGGAUUUCUCUGACAUUGGCUAGUGCAUAAUCCAUUUAGCUCCAAGGUGAAUCACUGCAGUUUUCCUUUUAAGGAGAGCACCGUCUGGGAGGAAGUGGGGGGAGGGGUUCAUUGAGAGCUUCUCUGCCACGCCUAGUCGUUGCUCCAGGCUGAGACGCCAAGCCAAAAGCCGAUCCCAUCAGCAGAGCUGAACAGAGACUCGGAAGGCUCCCAGGGUGACUGCUGCUCCUUUUCAAACCAGCCUCCUUGCAAAGCGGUCUCCUUUCCACCAGCGCUCCCAGCCAUGGCGAGAAACCACCAGGUGCAGAAAGCCAAGCUGGCCGAGCAGGCCGAGCGUUACGAGGACAUGGCUGAUUUCAUGAAGGCAGUGGUGGAGCAUGGGGAUGAGCUCUCCAAUGAGGAGCGCAACCUCCUCUCCGUCGCCUAUAAGAACGUGGUGGGAUGCCAGAGAUCUGCCUGGAGGGUCAUCUCCAGCAUCGAGCACAAGACUGAAGAGGGUGAUGACAAAGCGCAGCUGGUGAAUGAAUACCGGGAGAAGGUGGAGGGGGAGCUGAAAGAUGUCUGCAACAUUGUCCUGGGGCUGCUGGACAAGUAUCUCAUUAAGAAAGCCAGCGAUGCAGAGAGCAAAGUCUUCUACCUGAAGAUGAAGGGAGACUACUUCCGAUACCUGGCCGAGGUAGCCACCGGGGAUGAGCGCAAAGACACCAUAGAAAAUGCUCAGAAAGCUUACCAGGAAGCAAUGGACAUCAGCAAGAAGGAGAUGCAGCCCACGAACCCCAUCCGCCUGGGGCUUGCCCUCAAUUUCUCCGUCUUCCAUUACGAGAUCGCCAACGCCCCAGAGCAGGCCAUCACGCUGGCCAAAACCACGUUCGAUGAAGCUAUGGGAGACCUCCACACACUCAGUGAAGACUCGUACAAGGAUAGCACCCUCAUCAUGCAGCUGCUCAGGGACAACCUUACAUUAUGGACGGCAGAGUGUGCGGGAGAAGACGGUGGAGAAGCCGGGGAAGAGCCUAAGAACUGAACUGCAGCCCACCAAGCUAUGGUCACUCUCCCUGUCCCUCCUCCUUUUUUGUAAGACACGUCUCGGCUCCCAGAAGCUCUGCCUGGAUUCCAACAGCAAAGGGGACUGACUGGUCUGUGCGUAUGGUAUUCACACGUUUUAUCUUGCCUUUUCUCAUGGCAGCUUUGGGACAAUUCCCCCUUCUCUGACCCUUCCCCCGCCCCCCCCCCUUCCACAUUUCUUGUGAUCUUCCUGCUGGGGAAGAGCACUAAUAGCUUCACACAAACCUGGGUGUCCCACACAUUGUCAGUAACACCAGGGGUUCCUCAUCCCCCCAGCAUUGGGGCCUGGGGUGCCUCCUGGCACUUAACAUUUAAAAAGGGGGAAGCUGAGUUUGGUUUUCAGGGUAAAGAUACCAACACCUAGUCGAUCGCAGCUAGAGAGUGCGCUUUCCUUUGCUUUCUGUAGUGACGUAUUCUGCAGGGUUCCUCUCCAGCCUACUGGGUAUUCCUUGCAGUCAGUAGGAAGCUGGAGGUGUUGGGCCAUGGGGGUUCUUUGUCGUGGGUUAAGAAUGACAAACUUGAGGUGCCUCCUGUAUUUGUGUAUUGCCAAAGCCACUGCCUGCCUGUCCCUCUCCAAUAAAACUGCACUUACACUCCUGC